CCGUGCAAUUUUAAUGGAUUUGGUCAUUGCGAGGACGCAAUGCAAUCUUGCAUUUACGUAACAUAUCGAUACCGGUACGGUACUUCAAUUCAAUGAAUUAACGGGAUUGAAUUUGUUUCAAAAAUAGGAGUCAAUCAGCUGCUAAUCAUGUCGAAAGCAUUUCGAUACUUUCUCUCCUUUGGUAUAAUGGGAGGAAGUGUCUUUGGUGGAUGGGUCUUGAUGAAAACUGUCACGCCAGAUACUGAAGAGCUUGUAAAGCGGCUUCCGGAAGCAGAUCCAGAGAAAAUGGCAGAGUCGAGACAAAGGACUAAAGAUCUUGUGGCAGCACUGAAAGCAGCAUCAGAAAGUCCUCAUCCGAUAUACCAAGAUGUGAAAAGAGAGUGAAACAUGAAGAAAGACUCUUAACAGAAAAUGAACUUAAAUUGAAAGAUAGCUACUGUCUCCAUUGCAGAAACUUUAGAAGGGAGCAAGGUCUUGAAGAUCAGAUGCUUAUUUUCAGAUUUGGCAUGAAUCUGUGGUGAUUAUUCUGGACCUGAGAAAAGUGAUAUUUUGAAUUAAACAAGCCAUGUUACGGAUUUCAUUAUCCACUUGGUGUCAUGACUGUCAUCAUAUGCCGUGUAUGUAACCUCAGUGAUCCAAUGCUCAAUUUUGGUUAUGAAGAACCAAUUGUUCCCCUUCAAAUUAUUUGGGGUCUCCAUGCAUAUAAGUCUUAGUUUGUAUCUGUUAGUACAAACAAAACUAAGAAGACAAAAUUUGUGAGAUAUAGGAUUUAUAUUUGUGAGCUGGCAAAUUCUAAUUAUUUUGGAGCCAUCAUCAAAUUCAAUUUAAAUUCAACUUUUUUAAGGAACUAAAUCUUCAAACUGAAUAUGUUUGUGUGUGCGUGGUGGGGGGGGGGGGGUAAAUGAAUAUGGAUACUUUACUUUGAUAGUACAAUUUGGGUGGUAUGUCAUUCGAGAUUUAAUUUAAUUUCUGCUCUUGUGUUUGACUGUUUGAAAAAUAUUUAAUUUGAAUAAUGGGUAUGCAUUUUCAUCAAUCCAUACAACAAGAAUUAUCAUUUUGGUGUAUCAUCAAAGCUUACUUUCUAUACAAUGCAUUCUUUAUGAUUAAUUUAUUACUAAGAAGAAUAAAGGUUUUUCAAAAUAUUUGCUUUCAAAAGACCCUAGAUAUCUGUAUUUACGACCAUUUCAUAAUGAAUCAGCUUUAAUUUAUUGCAUACAGAUGUGUUACGUAUGCCAUACUUAUGUCAUCUGGAUGAUAAAUAAACAAAUUAAUGAACUGAAUCAUGGAAGUGUUAGAGUUAAUUUAGGUGGAUUUGUGUUCGUAAAAAAUCAAGAAAAGGGCUUUAGAUCUAUCUGAGGUGUAACUAGCUUAGUAGCUGUCUGACACACUUUAUAUAUCUUGUCUGAUUUAUCACCAGAUUUUCAGCAGAAAGUGUCAGUGUAAGUGACAUUACGCUGAGCAAGGAGAGAUUUUUUUUUAUGUAAUGGUCACAAGGAAAAUAUCACUUAUAUUUCUGGUUUUCAAUUGUGGACAUUUGGAUUACUAAAAUGUCAUCUAAAGGUUGUGAGUUGUUAAGAGAAAUGUUCCUUAUUGUAAGUCUAUCAAUUUUAGCUAUUUUUUUUUACUUCGGAUUAAAAUUAUGAUCUAGUCAUAAGUCAAUAGCUCUAUGUCUAAGAUACUAUUGACAUUUCAGAUUUUCACCUUUUGUCACUUGCUAGGUAGCACAAAGGCUCACAAGCAAUCCAUUGCAAAAUGAGAAUGACCAGUCAAAAUCAUAGUUGCAAUUUAUUAUUUGCAUAUAUUUCAAUAAACCAACUGUCAACUUACAAAAUUCUGUUUGAAAUUUCAAAUGAUUUUGUCUUAUUGGGCCUAGGUCUAAAAGAUUGACAAAGGCUUUUCUUUUUAAAAAAGAAAAUGUUUUCUUGAUUUUCAGAAUAUGUUUGAACAACUUUUUGGGUUAGGAUAUAUCUUUAAUACAUACAUUUGGGGGAGGGGUGGUGCAAUGGUAUUACAGCAUUAGGAUAUUUUAUUUUGUAAACUUGUCCUUAUUGGAAUGUCGACCUCAAGUAUUUUGUUGAUUAUGCUUGAAGUAAUUGGAAAUAUUAAAUAUCAAAUGUUUUCAGAAUAUCUAAUCUAAAUGUUUACAGGUAUUAUUUUCUUCAUUAAGGUGAUAAUGAUUCACAAGACAACAUAUAAGGACAGAGAUUUGACUGGUGUAGGAUCGAGAUGGAAGAGAGUAAAAAGGAGGGGACAUCAGUUUUUGUCAGAUAAUAAUUGUGUCCCAGGAAUUUCUUCAAGUCAAAAUGGUGAAAAGUUAUAAAACUUCCUAAACAAGUAUUUUUACUUGUUAUCUGUGUGGAAAAUUGAGUAAUAAAUUGUGGGAACAUUGCUGUACAAUCACUACAAAUCACUAAAAAUGAAAAUAUUUUGAUUGUCUUGUCACUUGUAUACAGAUGGGUGAGGGAGCUCUGAUCCCAAAACUUUCCAU